AUGUUGGAUAUUGAUAUGAAAUUAUAUGGUAUAGAGAAUCCACGUUAUAAUCCAGAUUUGAAGAAUAUACCAGAGGUGAUAGAAACGAUGAGAGAUCAGAUAAAGGAAUUGUUUGGUGACAAUUCGACAUUAUUUCGUGGUGUAACAGAUUAUGAUUUAGUUUCAUUAUCCGUGACAUUAUCUGAUUUAAUUUGGGAAUACAAUUUUUAUAAACAUAAAGCCAAACUCAAAUUUGAUCCUGACAUUAUAAAAUUAUUACGUACAAAUUUUACAUUUAUUAAUGAAUUAUUUAAUGAUUUAAUUAUUACACGUAUGAAUACUAUUAAAUUACUUAAAAUUCCUAAUCUUAUUGAUCAACCUAUUUUUUCUCAUCCACUUGAUAUUUUUCCUUUCUUAUAUUUACAACAAUUUCAACAUUCUAUUAAAGAUUUUUUUUCAUGGUAUCAAUAUACUUUUAAUUUUAUUUCUUCCGUUACGGGGUCUGGUCCUACUGCAACUAAUAGUACUGACCUCAGUACUACUACUGAGGAAACUAGUACUAAUGGUAUUAGUAAUCAGGAUAGUACUGGACCAAGCACCGUUACUGAAGGAAAUGAAGCUAAUCUAGAUACUAAUAUUAAGGAAACCCCUUUCGGAGCUGAUACUAAUAUUAAGGAAACCCCUUUGGGGGUUGGUGAUGAGGAAGUUGGUGGUGAGGAAACUGGUACCGUUGGAGCAAGCACCGUUACGGAGGAAGAAAUAAAUACAAUGACAAUGAUAAUAAAUGAGAAUAUAAAAAAUAUAUUAGAAAAUCUGAUGGGGAAAAAAUUAUCUUUGAUUAUUAAUGGAAAAUAUCCAUUAGCAAUAGAAGAAAUUGGUGGUUAUAGACCAUAUAUAAAAUUUGAAUUAGAAGAUUCAGAGAAUCCAUCAAGUAUUAAAGGAUAUCAUAAGAAAUAUGCUGAUAGGCAAUUAGAAUUUGAACAAAUUGAAGAUAUUAUAACACCCGAAGUUAAAGAGAAAUUUAAAGAAAUUCAAGAAGAAUUUAAAAUGUUCAAACAUAUGUCAUUAAAAGAUUUAAGUUUACAUUAUUGUAAAAAAUUCAAUUCUGAAUAUAAUUUUGCACAUCGUAUUAUUAAUCGAUAUAAUAUUUUAAAAUCUAUUAGCCCCGUUACGGUGCUUGGUCACACGGCCAGUAAUGGACCUGACGGUAGUACAGUUGUACCUGGUAAUGAGGAAACUAGUAGUACUGAGGAUAGUAGUAGUAAUAGUAGUACUACGGGUACUGUUGGAGCAAGCACCGUAACGGAGGGAAAGGGAGCUAAUUCUACAGCUAUGGAGUGUAGUACUGAGGAAACUGGUACCGUUGGAGCAAGCACCGUUACGGAAGACGUAAUAACAGAAUUUGAGAAGAAAUUAUUAGAUAUAAUAACAUGUUUAAAUUAUCAUAUAAUGAAUAUAAGACAUAUGUCAUGGUUUGUAGAAUGUUCCAAUUCAUUACCAAUAGAAUGUUUAGCCAAUCUUAAACAAACGAAACAAAAUAUUGCCAAUCCUAAACCUAAAACCAUUUUCUUCUUUAGUCAUAAUUUCCCUAAAGCUUUUAAUACUAUUCUAGAAUUCAUUAUACCAACAUAUUAUAAUAAUAAUUUAAAAAUACAUUAUAAUACCGUAGGUACCGUAGGUACCGAGGGUAUUGAAAGUACUGAAGGUAGUGAGGUUACUGAAGGUAGUGAAAGUACUGAAGGUAUUGAAAGUACUGAAGGUAUUGAGGUUAGUAGUAGUAAUAGUAGUACUGGUACCAUUGGAGCAAGCACCGUUACUGAAGGUAAGGUUACUAAGAGUAUUAAGGGUAUUGAGAGUAUUAAGGGUAUUGAGAGUAUAAUAUAUCGUAAAAGAAUAUUAGAAGAAGUAUAUAAUAUGAGUAAGAAAAGAAUAGAUAGAAGUUAUGAAGAUACAUUUCCAAUAGGUAUGGAUGAAGAUUAUAAAUUGAAGGAUAUUGAUUUAUUAAGAGAUUUGAUAGAUAUUGGUGCAGGAUUUAAGAUAUAUUCAGAUAUGCCAUUUACAGGAUAUCCAAUGGAUAUACUUAUAGAUCCAGAUAUAACAGAUGAAUUAAGACAUUCGGCAUAUUUUAAAUUAGCACAAUCACAACCAAAACCAAUAUAUAAAUGUAAAAAUUGUAAUUAUUUAGUCUUUGGUAAUCGUGUACGACUUAGAAGAAGUAGGAAAAUCGUAUGUUAUGAAUUUGAAGAAUUAAGAGAUGAUCCCAAAUAUACUUGUCGAAAUUGUGGUCUUGGUCGUAAACAAUUCGAUGUCAUCUAUCGAACUGGUGAAAAAAAAUAUCAAUUACCACCAUACAUACAUCUAGAACAAUCUCCCAAAUUCACUAAUAAACGCCUUAAAUAA